UAUUUUACUACUUUUAUCUACAUGUUUCACUUCGCUGCAUCCGUUAGCUGCAUAUAACCUCUCUGACCCUUUUCGUAUUCCACUUCCUUCCUCCAUUUCUCAACUUUCUUUCUUGGGUUUUCUUAGAUCGAGAAGUGUCAAACUCACAGAUCCACUUUUAUUCUCUUUGUUCAGGGAAGUGAAAGAACUUGAAUUUUGCUUACCCCUUUUUUUCUUCAUGUAAUUUCUUGGAGUAGAUAAGAUUGCUGUUUGGAAAAGGAAAAUCUGAGCAGGAAGUGAUUUUGAAACGGAUCCAUCGCCUUGGAUUUGGCUGUAUAUUUAGUACUUAGAGAGAAGAGUCAGAUCCAAGGCAAUGGCUAUGUCUUUCACUGGCACCCAACAAAAAUGCAAGGUCUGUGAGAAGACAGUCUAUCCAGUAGAGCAGCUAUCUGCUGAUGGGGUUGUUUACCACAAGUCUUGCUUCAAGUGCUCCCACUGCAAAGGGACCCUAAAGCUCAGUAACUAUUCUUCAAUGGAAGGUGUUCUGUACUGUAAGCCUCACUUUGAGCAGCUCUUCAAGGAGACGGGCAGUUUCAACAAGAAUUUUCAGUCACCUGCAAAGUCAGCUGAGAAGUUAUCUCCAGAGCUGACUAGGUCACCUAGCAAGGCUGCGAGCAUGUUUUCUGGGACACAAGAAAAAUGUGCUACUUGUGGCAAAACUGCUUACCCACUUGAGAAGGUGACAGUGGAGAGCCAGUCCUACCACAAGUCAUGUUUCAAGUGCUCUCAUGGUGGUUGUCCUAUAACCCCAUCUAAUUAUGCAGCUCUAGAGGGCAUUUUGUAUUGCAAACACCAUUUCUCCCAGCUUUUCAAGGAGAAAGGGAGCUACAACCAUCUUAUCAAGUCUGCAUCAAUGAAGCGUGCAGCAGCCUCUACGCCAGAGGCUUAAACUCCCUAUCAUUUAUUAUGGUUUGAUUACAUGGUUUUCUCUUUGUUUAUGGGUGUGUUUCUUCUGAUACCUAAUUUUCUUGGUGGAGAAUUGGCAAAACUUGGUUCUCUCUUUGCUUUUAGCUCAUCAUCAGUGUUGGGCGUACUGUUGUGUUGCUUGAACAUGGGAUGCAAAUCCAGCUUUUGUAAAACGACUUGCAGGACAUCAUUUUUCAGAAACUUCAUGAGCUUUAUGUACCUUUUGUUUUGGCUUGUUACAAAGAUAUGGAGUGAGAAAAAGGUUCAUUUCUA